AUGAAUUACUUCACCGCCUUAUUUUCAAUCUCCCCAAGGUCAACGUACUAUCGCGGUGAUAACGACGGCUAUUCGCAGCCUUCCAGUCCACAAAGCACGGGCUUUCCUUCCACAACAUCGUCAUCGGCAUAUAGCCGAGGCCAUGCGCAGCAAGAUAUAGCUGGGAGAUUUGUCAACAAGCGGAAGCUACAAAGACUCUUGGAAGAUCGAUUUGGUCAUGACUAUCAAUUGCAUAUGAGAUCAAACAAUUAUCGUCUGUAUGCGAAGAGGCCACUGAGCGAAGAAGAGAUUUUGAGCUGUUGCUGA